AAAGGGCUUGUGGACAAGGGCAUCCUGCGCACGGAAAAGAAGAACUUUCUCCUGUUCGACAUGGCCACACAUCCCGUCGCCGACGGCGGGGCCAAGGAGGAGAUUCGACGCCGGGUGCGCAACGUCCUGACGAACCGCACCGUGGUCCUGCCCGGCAGCCAAUUCCUGCCCGAAGAGUUGGAGUUUAGGGUUCUGCGGACAAUUACCAUGGUCUGUGCUGCUUAUGCUGCCAAUGUGCUGGAGAAUGCGUUGACGACGUUGGGGCAUGAGGCGCGGGAACGGGCCUUUGCCCAGGUGGACGAGCUGCUGGCCGAGUACUCGCAGUGGCCGUUUGCAAAGCGGCAGGGCGGGUCACAGGGCAUAGGAGCCAACCUGGGGCAGCUCGUGACGGACGAGGUCAAUGGGUCCAAGGACAAGGAGCUUCAGCUCGAGGUGGUUGCCGCAUGCUUGAGCGUCUUUACUCGGCUCGACUCACUACUGUGA